AUGUUUACCUUAACCGAGUACUUCAUCGCCGCCUGUGUCUGGCUCAUCCUCUACAAGGUUGGCAAUUUGCUGUGGAAUCGACAUCACUAUUCCAAGCAGCAGAAAGCUCGCGGCUGUGGAGAGAUCAAGCAUUAUCGCCAUCGAGACCCGAUUCUCGGACUAGACUUUGUCUACACGCUCUCCAAAGCCUUCAAGGAACACCGCUGGCUCCCAUGGCAACAGGAGCUCUUUGCGGCCCAGGGCGUCAAGACCUUCCAGGCCAACUUCCUCGGGUCGCGAGCCAUCUACACAUGCGAGUCCGAGAACAUGAAGGCCAUGUCGACCACAUACUGGCGCGAGUUUGGCCUGGAACCGCUUCGUCGGAAAAGCGGAGCCGCCGACCCUGUUGCUGGGCCCGGAGUCAGUACAGUUGACGGACCGAUGUGGGAUUUCAGUCGCAAUCUCAUCAAGCCCUAUUUCACACGCGACGGAUACUCGAACCUCGCCCGGCUGGAGGUGUUUGUCAAUCGUCUGCUGCGCCUGGUGCCGACGGAUGGUUCGACCUUUGACAUGCAGCCGUUGCUGCAACGAUGGUUCCUUGAUACCUCCAGCGAGUUCCUGUUCGGCAAGACCGUCGACUCCCUCACCCAUCACGAGAAUGCGAAGGUGGCCAAGGCCAUGGUCGACACAAUGCGAGGCAUCCGCGUGCGUCUGACCAUGUCAAAGCUGAUGUUCCUCCACCGUGAUCCGGUGUGGAUGGAGAAUGUGAAAAUCGUCCGGGAUUUCGUGGACGAGCGCAUCGAUGCCAGUCUGACGCAGCUGCAGGACGUCAAGGGCGGCAAGGGUACGUCGGCCACAGAAAAUCAGCCUGACGGUCGCACGGAUCUGCUAUGGGACAUGGUACAGCAGCUGCAAGAUAAGGAAGCUUUGCGGGGCCAAAUAAUGGCCGUGUUCAUCCCCUCCAACGAUACGACGUCGAUUCUCAUCAGCAACGCCAUCUUCGCCCUGGCAAGACAUCCCCAUGUGUAUCAGACGCUGCGGGAAGAGGUACUCGCCCUGGGAGACCAGGAGAUUACGUUUGAGAAACUGCGUGGACUGCGCUACCUACGAUAUGUCAUCAAUGAGACUCAUCGUUUGUACCCGAACGGCAUCCAGAUGGUACGGAUUGCUCUGGAAGACACUACACUGCCAGUCGGAGGAGGCCCAAAUCAAAGCCAACCGAUCUUCAUCCAGAAAGGAGAUAUCGUCCAUGCCAACCGGUACCUCAUGCACCGGGACCCUGACAAUUGGGGGCCUGAUGCUGAGGUCUUCCGCCCGGAGCGUUGGGGAGAUGCCCGGCCUCUGUGGAAGUUCGUCCCCUUUGGAGGAGGCCCGCGCAUCUGCCCUGCGCAUGUGCUCGUCGAUACGGAGGCGUCAUACGUGCUCCUGCGCUUUGUGCAGCGGUUUCGUACUCUGGAACCCCGAGACGACCGGCCAUACAAGGCCAUCAUGCGGAUUGGGCCGAGCAAUUUGAAUGGGGUGAAUGUGGCUGUAAAGCCUGCGUAGCGGGGGGGAUCUAUGGACGUAGCGAUGUUGAGCCAUGAGCGGUAGCU